UCAACAGGUGUUGUGUGCGCCGCGAUGCUGCUGUCGUAGCCGUUAGCUACCAGAAGAAGUCUUCUCAUUGAAAAAAGAAAUUUUAUUUUUCGCGAAACAAACAUAAACCCUUUUAUUGGCUGAUAAUAAUGAAGGUACUAUUAGCACUUGCGCUGCUGUCAGCGGCAUCAGUAGCAACAAGUGGUUCACCAACAACACCGGCCGGCGAAUUGCCCAAGCCAAGUUACGCGCGUACCAUGCUAAAAGUGUCGCGUAGCUUGCCAGGCGAAACGGAGGAAUUGAAAAUACGCACUAGCAAGGGUAACUUGGCGACUUUAAUAGUCAAACGUCGAGAGAAGUCUGUGUCGAGUGGUUUGAGCCAAGUAUCGACUACGACAACAAAAUCAGUUGAACCAAUUACAACGACGACGACGACGACGACAAGCAGUCCAGUGAGUUCGAGUACCGAUUACAAAAACGUUAAUAUCGAUCCAUGGAGUCGUUUGCAAACAUGGAGUAGCGUAUCGGAUAACAGUAAUGAAGAGUCCAAAAGUUGGGUUCCAGUUAGUCGUAGUUUCGAUUCAUGGAAACCUGUAGAGCAACCAGCUACCACGCAAUGGCGAAGCUUUCAAAGCCAACCGGCCGACCAAGGUGACGAGCAAAUAGUACGUUACGCUUUCUUGCCACACGAGCCACCGAAACGCACCAAUAUUGGUGCGAAUUUGAUGAAAAAUCGAGAUGCCAAGAAUGUACCAGCUGAGAUUAUUAUCAGAUCAGAAUUGAACGUUAAAUCACAACCAUCCUUACAAUCCAAACGAUUGACUAUCGACCCUGACGGCACACCUGUUGUUCAUGGUAGACGCGUUCCCGACGAGCCAAUUGAUAAGAUUCAAGUGUGGAGAAAUGCAAGAGUUAUCAAUGAUCACCUGGUUACUGAGACAACUACAAGUACCAGAGAACUGAUUGCUACCGAACAGCAGAACUUUGAGCGAUUCUUCGAGGAUGUCAAUAAGAGAUACGGCAAAGCGCCAGACGAUAAAUCGGAAGCAGCAAAAUCCUAUCACAACGAAGUACUAGCCGCUGAAAUCUACGAGUCAGCCGAAGAAAGCUACCGGCCAAGUAGUCGCAAACGUAUGCUUCAGCCAGAACUCCCAGCCAACUAUCCAAAUUCCCGAAUGUAUACACCGUCUGAUUCACCAGUACCUAGUGUCAAGCCCGGAACGCGAGCUCCAGUUUUGCAAUAUGCUCAUCCCGAAUUAGGAGUACAACCCGCAAAGAUUGUGAAAAAUGACAAGAAAAAGCACAAUGAAGAAGCAUUGAUGAAAAAUGAAGGCACCAUGAGACAUCAUCAGUAUCAAAAUACUUACCAGACACCAGGCCAUCAUAACGGCGAGUAUAGACAGAAGAAGAAAUACGUGCUAAACGACAAGAAUAUCGUCGACUCGUACACCAAUUACAAGAAUUACUAUCCGGCUAACCAAUUUUACGGAUUGAAGAGGCCUAUCGUCGAACCGCCAUUGUGGAUAAGAAUCUCCGAGAACAUCAAGUCUGGAUUCUCUGAUGGUGUUGCUAAGGUAUCGGAAUACACGAAACCAGUGAUCGAUCCGCUUGUCGAAGCCACUCGUAAGAUCUCGGAGAACCUCGGAUUGUCAAAUCCACGUUCACAAGAUUCUGCACAAGACAAAGUCGGUACAGUUGCUAGUACCGGAACUUCAGUUCUUAUUCCAGCCUUAGGACUCAUGGCCAGUGGUGCAGCUUUAGGUAUCGGUGCUGUUGCUGUAGGCCGUUAUCUCGACGUUGAUGUUCUCAAGAGAUCAAGUGAUGGAACUGUUCAGGUUAUCGAUGGCGAAGAGAAAGCACGGGCAUUGAAUAUUAUUCGGCAACUAGAACAGGAUAACCGUGUGCCGACGGGUGAGAGACAGUACAAUGUUGGUGAUGAUAUUUACGUAUUGAUGCAGCAAAAUUCUGCAAGAGAUAAUGCUGCGAGAAGAAAGAGAAGUGUAACUGAUGAGAGGCAAAUGCAACGUAAAGGUGCCGAUCAAAUAGCGGAAAUCGUAGAAAUCGACUUACCACUGCGAUCGGUCAAUGAUACAACGAACGACAAGGGCAAUGACGUGCAAAUCCAAAACGAGGAUGAUUUCGCCAAGGCCAUUGUCCGGCAUACUUUUGAAGCUAUCACCAAAUCAGAACAAAUCAAAAGCCAGUUAACCGAAAAUAAGGAAUCAGAGACAAGAACAAGGCGGCGAAAACGAAGUUUGAGCGAUACUGAGUUGGAAGACGCGUUACAGAAUUUGGAGAAUGCUGAAAUUGCAGAAGUCAGUCACAUACCUGGUGAUUGGACGAAUACACCCUGUGCUAAGCGAAUAUUUUGUGACGCUAUGGUCAAACGUGGAUCAGAUGUUUAUAUGUUUAUGGAGAAGAAGAUGUCUGGACUGCUUAGGAUGAUACAACCAGUAGCAGCUGUCCAGGUGUCAAGUCAUUUUGACGAGGUGAUGGAGGCGGUAAGACGCCACGACUGCUCGGUAUUCUCGUGUCCCCAGGCGAGGCCAGCCAACGUUUUCUUUUGAGCAAGUGCUUGACUGUUUUUUCAUUCGUUCCUGAAAGGGCUAAGACUGCGAAAUGAAAAUGUACGAGCUCAACGUCACACCUGUACAUAGAUGCUCUUCACGUGCUAAAGAUGAGCGAGACAUUUCUUGUUCUACAUAAUAUCUUCUAUUUAAAAUCAGUAAAACAGUCAGAACGAUGUCUAUACAUCGUGAUAAUUUAAGUAAAUUAAUUUUAUUAUUUACCAUUAUCUAUUAUGUAUCGAGCACAAACGCAGAAUCUUUUAAGUUAAAAGUACGCGUUAUAUGUUUAACUAUUCCUCUACAUGUUGUUUCGUGCUUAACUUGAAAUACGUACUUCUGUUA